GUAAGAGAGGGGAAAGAAAGGGAGAGAGGGAGAGAGGAAAGAAAGACAGGACAGUUAUUUAGCUCUACAUGGCUGUAAAUAUACAGUAUAGUGUACUUUUAUUACAGAGAGUGGACUACUGGACUAUCUUGGUUCUGUGUGGACCACUUUAAACCUCGACCAGCAGUCGUGGGACGGAAGCCUCAGGGAGAGGGGAGUGCUCCUCUCACAAGGAGAGCCAGAUGAUGAAUGCAAACCAGAUCUAGAGGUGAAGAUGUUCUGCUCAACCUGACCUUUGACCUCUGUGCAGAUGGGAGGCAGAAAACAUGAAGGAUCAGCUUGUUGUCGUCGAGCUCUCUGGAGUAAUAAAUAAUGAUAUUUUGUCCAAACCUGGGUCUACCUGCAAGAUACUAGAUAUAGACAGUGAGCAGCCUAUGAUGCAACUGGGCCAGUAUGUGUUUGCAGGAGAAUAUGAAGAUGCCCUAGGAUCAUGCAUUCUCUUCGAGGAGGGGCCAGGCAAAGGAAAAGCAAACAGUGGACCAGAGCUCAAGUACAAGUGUCACACUAUUAAGAAACUGAUGAUGCAACGCAUUUUCCUCACUGACAAGAAAGAAAAUGAAGCCAACAUAGCAGCAGGUGGUGAAAGUGACAAGCAGAGUGACCAAGUCUGCCAGUCAGAUCAAGAAACUAUAGGAGACUUGGCAAAAGGAUGAGAUGACCUCAUCAACAGAAGAAAAUAAACACUUUAAUUUGUGAAACUCUGUUGCAGUUAAUCUGAGACAUUUUAUGCACAGUCAGUCAGCAGUUUACAGUUAUUACACAUCCUUUUUUCAGUUUUUGGAAGAGUCACAACCUUAGCGUGUCUGAUAACAUGCUUUGUGACAAUAACAACGUUGUUGUCCAGUAUUUCAGUGUACCGUUCAUUCAGGAUAUGAGGCAUUGAGGCCUCUAGAGCACACGAACAGUGAACUUCAUGCUGAAGUUGAACAUGUAUUGAAUCCUCUGGUUAAUAUUGCAAUUAUAAUAAUAAUGCACCCCGCUGCCCGAGUGGGGACAUACGGCAUAGAAAAUGAAUGAAUGAUGCAACAAUAACUCUAAAAAUGUAUUUUUCUAGCAAAAGCAAAUGUCGGACAUCGUGUUUUUGUACGUCUUAAAAGUUGUAAUAGCUGUCUGAAAGAGGUUGUCGUUUUCUCUAUUAAAAUAAAAACUUAAUAUA